GUAACCUUUUGGGCGAUUCAAGAGAUACUGUCGCACAAGAGCGCCAAACAUCGGGCGGAAGUGUUGAGCCAUUUCCUAAAAGUGGCCAAACGGCUGCUCGAACUGAAUAACUUGCACUCGGCGUUUGCCAUUAAGUCCGCCCUCUCAUCCGCACCCAUCCAUCGACUCACAAAGACUUGGGCCUAUUUAUCGAAAAAAGAUAAGCAAUUG